AUGGCCGUCAUCGACCAGCAGGACAACUUCUCCAACAUAUCGUGGCAUAGUGAGCACCGGGAUCCCGCCGCCGGCAUGGCUGGGUCAAGCUCGUCGGCCCCCGUCUUCGACGACUCGGAACCCGUGGGCGCUCACCACCCCGAGAUGGAUGAGGACCCCACGAGGAUAGACCCCGGCCUGUCCGGUGACGUCCUGGAGUGCACAGUCACGGAGCCGCGCAAAGAGAGCGACGGCACGAAGGACGCAUUUGUAUCCUAUCUCGUUACCACAAACUCGACGUUCCCCUCCUUCCAGAAACCACAAUUCAGCGCCAGGCGACGGUUCACCGACUUCGUCUUCCUCUACAAGUCGCUCGCCAAGGACUACGCGGCCUGCGCCGUGCCGCCGCUCCCGGACAAGCAGCGCAUGGAGUACGUCCGCGGCGACCGCUUCGGGCCCGACUUCACCCACCGCCGGGCCUUCUCCCUCCAGCGCUUCCUGUCGCGGUGCGCCGCCCACCCCAUCCUCCGCCGCGCCCCCAUCCUGCACACCUUCCUCGAGUCGCCCGACUGGAACGCCACCAUGAAGAGCCGCUCCGCCCGGACCAGCAUCAACGCCGAGCCCGGGUCCGGCGGCGUCUUUGACAACUUUGCCGACACCUUCAUCAACGCCUUCACCAAGGUCAACAAGGCCGACAAGCGCUUCAUCGAGGUGCGCGAGAAGGCCGACAAGCUCGACGAGGACCUGGGCCACGUCGAGAAGGUCGUCGCCCGCGUCGUGCGCCGCGAGUCCGACCUCGAGGCCGACAUGCACGACCUGGCCGAGCAGUUCCAGAAGCUCAUCACGCUCGAGCCCGGCGUCGAGCCCGCCGUCCACGCCUUUGCCGCCUCGGUCGAGGACGCCGGCACCGGCCUGCGCCGCCUCAAGGACCACACGGACCAGGACUACCUGGGCAGCCUGCGCGACAUGGGCGCCUACAGCGUCGCCCUCAAGAACCUGCUCAAGGCCCGCGAGCAGAAGCAGCUCGACCACGAGCAGCUGACCGAGUACCUCAACAAGUCCACCCUGGAGCGCGACGCCCUGGCCUCGGGCUACGGCUCCUCGGGCGCCGGCGGCUUCAUCCGCAGCAAGAUCGAGGACGUGCGCGGCGUCGACCACGAGGCCGCCCGCCGCGAGCGCCUGCGCAAGCUCGAGAUCCGCAUCGACGAGCUGACCACCGAGGCCGAGCGCGCCAAGAAGACGAGCGAGAUGUUCGACGAGGAGGUCGUCAAGGAGGUCGUCGACUUUGAGCGCAUCAAGCGCCUCGAGAUGAAGCACCAGCUCGGCGGCCUCGCCGACGCCCACGUCGACUUCUACGCCGGCGUCAUCGAGGUCUGGGAACGCUACGUCAAGGAGAUGGAGGGCCAGGUCCGCGCUGCCUAG